AUGAACCCAGCAAAUUAUAAAGAAGCCCCUAUUGAAACAGAGGCAGAUGAGGAUGAAGGAGCGGAUAUUCUUUUGGUAAAACCAGCAAUGCCAUGUUUGGAUGUUGUAUGGCUUCUUUUAGAUAACUCUGCUUUACCUAUUGCUGCAUAUCAAGUUGCUGGUGAGUAUUCUAUGAUCAAAGCUGGUGGGGCUUACAACAUGGUUGGUGAAGAGAAGGUUAUGAUGGAGUCGCUGCUGUGCAUCAGACAGGCUGGUGCAGACAUCGCUCUCUCUUAUUUUCCUCGUAAAGCGCUGUCUAACACUAGUAAGCUAGUUGGUGAAGACAUUUGGCAGCAACAUAGAUUUACACAUGUCAAUAAUCAGUCCCAAGAGCACAAUGCAAAAGGAAGUGGAAUAUCAGAAGAUAUAGAGGACAGAUUUAGAGGGUCUGGUGACUCAUAUGUUGCAGGUGACAAAGGUGCAAGGACAAAAGUCAGUCGCUAA